CCAUCUUUGUUUUGUGCUGAAAAUCGCUUUUGACGCCUGUGGACGGCCGGGCGAGGGGAAGUGGCAAGAUGGCGGCUCCCAGGGCAGAGGCGUGGAGGCGAGCUCUGGGGAGCCUUGGGGCGAGGCGUGUCUGCACCUGACCCAAGCGCGGUUCGAACCCUAGGCGAAUGCGCAGCACUACCCACUUCCCCCACUGCGAGGCAGCGCAGGGGUCCUGUAAGAGGCUUGGGCCCAGAGACGCAGCGGUGCGAGGGCGGGGGGCGUGACGUCACCAGGCUCCGCCCCCUCGCCCGACCGCCGCCGCCAUGUUUAGUUGUUACUUCUUCACACAAGAUGGCGGCUCCCAGGGAGGAGGCAUGAGCGCCCUGCCGUUACCGCUCCUCCUGCCGUACAGUUGCCACUUGUGGGCCUAACUUGGGCUUUUUGGAGCGGCUCCUGUGGGACGCAGUCAUAAAGAGGGAAGCGAGGAUUGGACGCUACCUUGCAUUUGGUUUGCACUGGAAGAACUGACCUAGGAGGAAAAGAAUAGGGGGGGGAAGGGGGAGCUAGUCUCAAGAUGGCGGCUCCCAGGGCGGCAGGCGCAGCCUGAGCAGCAGAGGCGGACUCAAGGGAGGGGCGCGAGACCUCACGAGCCGUACGGCGCGGACCCCAAGUAGCCCCGGAGAGUUGGAGCUGCUUGCACAGGCCUCCGGCGCGCCUCUGUUCCUUGGAGUGUCGCGGCCGUUUCGGGAGCGGUGGCCAAGCUGAGCGCUGGGCGAGGAAGCGGGACAGUCUCAAGAUGGCGGCUCCCACAAUUGUGGUCUGAGCGCCGUCGGGGCUACGACGACCGCGGCGCCCGUGGCUCCUUUCCACCCGCCCCGGAAGCCGGCCAGUACUGGGGACUUGGGGGUGUGGGAACCGGGCCGGGGCUCCGCCAUUUCCGGCGGGGGAGGGCUACGACUGAGGAAGGGAGGAGAGAGAGGCGGCUCAAGAUGGCGGCUCCCAGGGCCUCCCGCCCAAGCUCGUGAGCCGGGACACCCGGACGAAGACUCAGGGCGGCGGCACUCGGCAGCCCGCAGUUCCGCGGGCCUGGGCGCCCGCCGGCGUCGGCAAGCUCUCGAGGGGAUUGGGCGCGCGAGCAGGCGGGGAAGAGCUGUGGGGACGGACGGCAGUUAAGAUGGCGGCCUCCAUGGAGCCGUCCAGCUCCGUGUGAGGAGCCGCUGCUCCGCGAGCGCUGCCCGAUAGCGAGGGGGUGUGUGCGCGGACCCGGGCCGCCCUUCCCGCCGCCGACUCUCCCGCCGCGCACUCCCCGAGCCAUGGCCUCGGCCGUGCCGCCCGCCAGCUCGCCGGCCGUGCUCCUGCAGCCCCGCUGGAAGCGGGUGGUGGGCUGGUCGGGCCCCGUGCCCCGGCCCCGUCACGGCCACCGCGCCGUGGCCAUCAAGGAGCUCAUCGUGGUGUUCGGCGGAGGCAACGAGGGGAUCGUGGACGAGCUGCACGUGUACAACACGGCGACCAACCAGUGGUUCAUCCCGGCUGUGAGAGGGGACAUCCCUCCCGGCUGCGCGGCCUAUGGCUUUGUCUGCGACGGCACCCGCCUGCUGGUGUUCGGCGGGAUGGUGGAGUACGGGAAGUACAGCAAUGACCUCUACGAGCUCCAGGCAAGUCGUUGGGAGUGGAAGAGACUCAAAGCAAAGACACCCAAAAAUGGGCCCCCUCCAUGUCCUCGGCUCGGGCAUAGCUUCUCCCUUGUGGGCAACAAAUGCUACCUGUUUGGGGGUCUGGCCAAUGAUAGCGAGGACCCCAAGAACAACAUUCCGAGAUAUCUGAAUGACUUAUACAUCCUGGAACUACGGCCUGGCUCUGGAGUGGUGGCCUGGGACAUCCCUAUCACUUACGGGGUCCUGCCCCCACCCCGAGAGUCACAUACUGCUGUGGUCUACACGGAGAGGGACAACAAGAAGUCCAAGCUGGUGAUCUAUGGAGGGAUGAGUGGCUGCAGGCUGGGAGACCUCUGGACCCUUGACAUUGAGACACUGACAUGGAACAAGCCCAGUCUCAGUGGCGUGGCCCCGCUUCCUCGUAGUCUCCACUCUGCGACCACCAUAGGAAACAAAAUGUACGUGUUUGGUGGCUGGGUGCCCCUAGUCAUGGACGAUGUCAAAGUGGCCACGCAUGAGAAGGAGUGGAAGUGUACCAACACCCUGGCUUGUCUCAACCUGGACACCAUGGCCUGGGAGACCAUCCUGAUGGACACGCUGGAGGACAAUAUUCCGCGCGCUCGAGCCGGCCACUGUGCCGUUGCCAUCAACACCCGCCUGUACAUUUGGAGUGGGCGUGACGGCUACCGCAAGGCCUGGAACAACCAGGUCUGCUGCAAGGACCUCUGGUACCUGGAGACAGAAAAGCCUCCCUCCCCGGCCCGGGUCCAGCUGGUACGCGCCAAUACCAACUCCCUGGAGGUGAGCUGGGGGGCGGUGGCAACAGCCGACAGUUACCUUCUGCAGCUCCAGAAAUACGACAUUCCUGCCACGGCUGCUACUGCCGCCUCCCCCACACCCAACCCGGUCCCAUCUGUGCCUGCCAACCCUCCCAAGAGCCCUGCCCCUGCAGCAGCCGCACCUGCCGUGCAGCCGCUGACCCAAGUAGGCAUCACGCUCCUGCCCCAGGCUGCCUCGGCGCCGCCCACCACCACAACCAUCCAGGUCUUGCCUACAGUGCCGGGCAGCUCCAUCGCCGUGCCCACUGCAGCCAGGACUCAGGGUGUCCCUGCUGUUCUCAAAGUGGCCGGUCCGCAGGCUACUGCAGGAACCCCACUGGUUACCAUGCGACCUGCUAGCCAGGCUGGGAAAGCCCCCGUCACUGUGACUUCCCUGCCUGCGGGUGUGCGAAUGGUUGUGCCCACACAGAGUGCUCAGGGGACGGUGAUUGGCAGUAACCCACAGAUGAGCGGGAUGGCCGCGCUGGCAGCUGCUGCUGCUGCAACCCAGAAGAUUCCUCCUUCCUCGGCACCUACCGUCCUGAGUGUCCCGGCAGGCACCACCAUUGUGAAGACCGUGGCUGUGACGCCUGGCACCUCCACUCUCCCUGCCACCGUGAAGGUGGCCUCUUCGCCUGUCAUGGUGAGCAACCCAGCUACUCGCAUGCUGAAGACUGCGGCCGCCCAAGUGGGGACAUCUGUCUCCUCUGCUGCCAACACGUCUACCCGCCCUAUCAUCACGGUGCACAAAUCGGGGACCGUGACAGUGGCCCAGCAAGCUCAGGUGGUGACCACGGUGGUGGGUGGUGUCACUAAGACCAUCACCCUGGUGAAGAGUCCCAUCUCUGUCCCCGGAGGCAGCGCUCUGAUUUCCAAUCUGGGCAAAGUGAUGUCCGUGGUCCAGACCAAGCCAGUUCAGACUUCGGCAGUCACAGGCCAGGCCUCUACCGGCCCAGUGACUCAGAUCAUCCAGACCAAAGGGCCCCUGCCAGCGGGGACAAUCCUGAAGCUGGUAACCUCGGCAGAUGGCAAGCCCACCACCAUCAUCACCACUACACAGGCCAGUGGGGCGGGAACCAAGCCUACCAUCCUGGGCAUCAGCAGUGUCUCCCCCAGCACCACCAAGCCUGGCACGACCACCAUCAUCAAGACCAUCCCCAUGUCAGCCAUCAUCACCCAGGCGGGGGCCACAGACCCCCUCUCCCACACAGGUGUGACCAGCACUCCUGGCAUUAAGUCCCCCAUCACCAUCAUCACCACCAAGGUUAUGACUUCGGGAACCGGAGCACCUGCCAAAAUCAUCACUGCUGUCCCCAAGAUUGCCACUGGCCACGGGCAGCAGGGAGUGACUCAGGUGGUGCUAAAGGGGGCCCCUGGACAGCCAGGCACCAUCCUCCGCACUGUGCCCAUGGGAGGCGUUCGCCUGGUCACCCCUGUCACUGUCUCUGCUGUCAAGCCAGCUGUCACCACGUUGGUUGUGAAGGGCACCACAGGGGUCACCACGCUGGGCACAGUAACAGGCACUGUAUCCACCAGCCUUGCUGGAGCCGGGGGCCACAGCACCAGCGCCUCCCUGGCCACACCCAUCACCACCUUGGGCACCAUUGCUACCCUCUCAAGCCAGGUGAUCAAUCCCACUGCCAUCACUGUAUCAGCUGCACAGACCACGCUGACGGCGGCUGGCGGGCUCACCACACCCACCAUCACCAUGCAGCCUGUCUCCCAGCCUACCCAGGUGACCCUGAUCACAGCUCCCAGUGGGGUCGAGGCCCAGCCUGUGCAUGACCUUCCCGUGUCCAUUCUGGCCUCGCCUACCACGGAGCAGCCCACGGCCACAGUCACCAUCGCCGACUCGGGCCAGGGCGAUGUGCAGCCUGGCACCGUGACGCUGGUGUGCUCCAACCCGCCCUGCGAGACCCAUGAGACGGGCACCACCAACACCGCCACCACCACUGUCGUGGCUAACCUUGGGGGACACACCCAGCCCACCCAAGUGCAGUUUGUCUGCGACAGGCAGGAGGCCGCUGCUUCUCUCGUGACCUCGACUGUGGGGCAGCAGAAUGGCAGCGUGGUCCGUGUCUGCUCCAACCCGCCCUGUGAGACCCACGAGACGGGCACCACCAGCACCGCCACCACGGCCACCUCCAACAUGGCUGGGCAGCAUGGCUGCUCGAACCCGCCCUGUGAGACCCACGAGACCGGCACCACCAGCACCGCCACCACGGCCAUGUCCAGCAUCGGUGCUGGCCAGCAGCGUGAUGCCCGCCGUGCCUCAGGCGCCCCCACUGUGGUCCGCAUCAGUGUGGCUCCUGGGGUGCUGGAGGGGGCCCAGGGCUCCAUCAAGCCCCAGUGCCAAACUCGCCAGACCAGCGCCACCAGCACCACCAUGACUGUGAUGGUCACUGGCACCCCGUGCGCCUCCGUGCAGUUGGCCCCGCUGAGUGGCAAGGACGUACCCUUGGGGCGCCAACUGGAGAUGCUGCACCAUGCCCACACAGCCGGCACCCAGAGUGGGGAGCCCAGCGCGGCUCGGGGGAUGCCUGCGCCUGCGUAUGAGGCCCUCCAGGCUGCCUCGCCCGGCGCCACCGUGACUGUGACUGCCCUGGAGGCGUUGCUGUGCCCCUCGGCCACCGUGACCCAGGUCUGCUCCAACCCGCCGUGCGAGACCCACGAGACGGGCACCACCCACACCGCCACUACCUCCAACGCAGGCAGCGCCCAGCGGGUGUGCUCCAACCCGCCGUGCGAGACCCAUGAGACGGGCACCACCCACACGGCCACCACCGCCACCUCCCACGGGGCAGCGGGCCAGCCCGAGGGGGGGCAGCAGCCCCCUGCCGGCCGCCCCUGCGAGACGCACCAGACCACUUCCACAGGUACCACCAUGUCUGUCAGUGUGGGCGCCCUGCUGCCUGACGCCGGCCCUGCCCACAGGACCCUGGAGCCUGGCGCGGUGCCCCCCACCCCUGGCCAGGCUGGGGCCGCGCUGCUGGCCCCCUUCCCGACGCAGAGGGUGUGCUCCAACCCACCCUGUGAGACUCACGAGACAGGCACCACGCAUACGGCCACCACUGUCACCUCGAACAUGAGCUCCAACCAAGACCCCCCACCAGCCGCUGGUGAUCAGGGAGAGGUGGAGAGCACCCAGGGCGACAGCGUGAACAUCACCAGCUCCAGCACCAUCACGACGACUGUGUCCUCCACGCUGCCACGGGCGGUGACCACUGUGACCCAGUCCACGCCUGUCCCAGGCCCCUCAGUGCCGCCCCCUGAGGAACUGCAGGUCUCCCCUGGGCCCCGCCAGCAGCUGCCGCCACGACAGCUCCUGCAGUCCACCUCUGCGCCCCUCAUGGGGGAGCCGGCUGAGGUCCUGGCCGCUGCCCCGCCCGCAGAGCUCCAGGCCGCUGUGGACCUGAGCAACACGGGGGACCCGUCUUCGGGCCAGGAGCCCACUGGCUCUGCCGUGGUGGCCACCGUGGUGGUGCAGCCCCCCCAGCCAACACAGUCUGAAGUAGAACAGUUGUCGCUUCCCCAGGAGCUCAUGGCCGAGGCCCAGGCGGGCACCACCACCCUGAUGGUCACAGGCCUCACACCCGAGGAGCUGGCUGUGACUGCCGCCGCCGAGGCAGCUGCCCAGGCUGCAGCCACCGAGGAAGCUCAGGCCCUGGCCAUCCAGGCUGUGCUGCAGGCUGCACAGCAGGCCGUCAUGGCAGGUACCGGGGAGCCCAUGGACACGUCCGAGGCGGCAGCGGCCGUGACCCAGGCAGAACUGGGUCACCUUUCUGCUGAGGGCCAGGAGGGCCAGGCCACCACCAUCCCCAUUGUGCUGACGCAGCAGGAGCUGGCAGCCCUGGUCCAGCAGCAGCAGCAGCUGCAGGAGGCGCAGGCCCAGGCCCAGCAGCAGCAGCACCACCUCCCUACCGAGGCACUGGCCCCAGCUGACAGCCUCAAUGACCCGGCCAUCGAGGGCAACUGCCUCAAUGAACUGGCGGGCGCUGUGCCCAGCACCGUGGCCCUGCUGCCCCCCACAGCCACUGAGAGCCUGGCUCCAUCCAACACAUUCGUGGCUCCCCAGCCAGUUGUGGUCGCCAGCCCGGCCAAGCUGCAAGCUGCAGCUACCCUGACCGAAGUGGCCAAUGGCAUCGAGUCCCUGGGUGUGAAGCCAGACUUGCCGCCUCCACCCAGCAAGGCCCCUGUGAAGAAAGAGAACCAGUGGUUUGAUGUGGGGGUCAUUAAAGGCACCAAUGUAAUGGUGACACACUAUUUCCUGCCACCAGAUGACGCUGUCCCCUUGGAUGACGAUUUGGGCGCCGUCCCUGAUUACAGCCAGCUGAAGAAGCAGGAGCUGCAGCCAGGCACAGCCUAUAAGUUCCGAGUUGCCGGCAUCAACGCCUGCGGCCGGGGGCCCUUCAGUGAGAUCUCCGCUUUUAAGACAUGUCUGCCGGGUUUCCCGGGGGCCCCUUGUGCCAUUAAAAUCAGCAAAAGUCCCGACGGUGCUCACCUCACAUGGGAGCCGCCCUCCGUGACGUCGGGCAAGAUCAUCGAGUACUCUGUGUACCUGGCCAUCCAGAGCUCGCAGGCAGGCGGCGAGGCCAAGAGCUCCGCGCCAGCGCAGCUGGCCUUCAUGCGUGUGUACUGCGGGCCCAGCCCCUCGUGCCUCGUGCAGUCCUCCAGCCUCUCCAAUGCCCACAUUGACUACACCACCAAGCCCGCCAUCAUCUUUCGCAUCGCCGCACGCAACGAGAAGGGCUACGGCCCUGCCACGCAAGUCAGGUGGCUGCAAGAGACCAGUAAAGACAGCUCGGGCAGCAAGCCAGCCAGCAAGCGGCCCAUGUCCUCUCCGGAAAUGAAAUCUGCUCCAAAGAAGUCGAAGGCGGAUGGUCAGUGAGAAGCAGCUGGCUGAACCGAGACCCUCCUGGACCCUCUGCUUCAGGAACCGCCCGCCUGGCACGCGCACUCCCGCCACUGCUGCCCGCUGCCCCUCCUUGCCCCUGUUUCCGCUCCAAUGUGAAGAAAGCACACGGCUGGCCGCUGCUGUCGCUGUUGCGGAGCAGAGAGCCUGUGAGAGUCGUGUUCCCCCUUCCUCUGCCCUCCUGGCCCAGGGGCUGGGAUUCAGGGGCCUGUGGAGGAGAGGCCACCACUGCACCCACCACUCAGAGGCUGCGCACGCACGUGUCCUGGUUCCUCGCUCUCAUUUGUCACCUGGUGUUUGCAGCCACCCCUCCCUCAGGCUUAGCCACCCUCCACAAACUGCAGAAAGCACCUCUUUCUCAGGCCUUCUGCCUGCCAUCUCCCCCUCCCUCCCGCUUUAUAGAAGGAAGGAAGAAGGCCAAGGAGGGGCGAGAGGGGCCCUAGGGCCCGAGCAGUGGCUGUUACCCUCCGGCCUGCGGGCGCAGAGUGGCCCUACUAGCCUGGUUCCGCCCUGCCCGGCUUGGCACGGGCCACGUCACCAACUGCUGCAUUUGUUGUAUUUUUUUAAGUUGAAAUUGAUGAAGCUAACAUUUUUAUUGUAAUUUUAGCCUUAGCGUGUGGGGCUUUGUCCCUUUUUUGUUGUUAGCCGUGUACAGAAUGUAUCUUUUUUCUUUCUUCCCCUUUUUUUUAAAACUUCUUUUCUCCUUGGCUAACCCUUGGCAGGGAUGUUUGGGGAGGAAAAGCGGGGCAGCUGGGGCUGGAGAGGUGCGGAAGGGGCCUCCUUUGCUCCCUCUUGGGGCUUGGCCACCCAGCCCAGGCUCCUCUGCUCCGCCUGUCCCCAGGCCUCUGGGGACAGCCGAGCAGAACUGUGACACCACCCUCCCAGGGUGAGCACUUCCCGUGGAGAGGGACUGGAGGGCCCAGGCAAGUGGCCCUGCAGCUCGGCUCGGCUCACAGUGCCGUCCUGGCUGAGCCCCACUCCCCAGAGGGCUCACUACAGCCUCCCUGGGGCCUGUGGGAUUUCUCUGCCACCCUGGCUGGAGGCCUCAAGCAAGGUUCGCCAGUGACAGUCUCUGGCCCCUCCAUCUCUGUGUGGAGGUUUGGGGAUGGAGGGUGCCCCGCCCUGGCCCACACCUGCAGGGCCUCUGGUUCGUUGUAUUAUAGUAUAUUUCGCUGUGGAAAUGUCAUGUUUAGUCGCCUUGGAGCCCACCACCCGGUCCCAUUGUUUUGCUCGUCCCCUCUCCUGAGCGCCCUUUGAUUUCUCUUGUUUCUGAGAACAGUACCACCUGUUCAUCUAUUGUAGAGUAACCUGUGACUCAAUAUUACCAUAGUGCGAUGUCGUUUUGUGCUAUUUUGAACAAUUAAAGACCUUUUUUGAAAAAAC